ACAGUCAAGAAUUGUUUGGUUGGAGUCAGUUUGGCGUUGUGCCUAUUAAAAGUGGAUCAGUGACGACUCAUGACUCAGUGACUUGCAAUAUCCCGUUGAAACGGAUAGAUGCAUCAUUAAACCAGGAUGUCCCAACACUUGAGCCUAAGCCUGAGUGGCUCCCAGAUCUCAUCCAUGAAACGGUCCGGAUCCAGCGGAGCCAUGUCAAGCGGGCCUGGCGGUGCCAGACCCAACUCUGGUAGGCCAGGUUCUUCGGGUGGAAAUAGACCUAGCUCUGGCAGGUCCAGUGCCAGGUCCACAGCCAGCACGACUCGUGGGAAGUCUCCUGGUAGAGGUGAAAUGGGAGCUAACUUUGGUGGAAAGGUGGCAAAUGCAAGGGGGACUGGUAGCGGAUUAACGAGAAGUUCUAGCAGUUCAGGAAUCGGAAGCUCAGACUCGAGACAAAAGAGAUCAGCAGAAUCUACACAUCGCAGUAACACAACGGAUGAUUCAGAUUCAGUGCUACAGGCUAUGGAGAAUCCAAAUUCUACAGAUUUCAUGAAUCUGUUCAACAAUGAUCACCAACCGGUUAUCAGAAGCAAAGCAGGUGGAACCACCAAAAAGCCAUCUACACAGAAGAAAAGACAAGAGCCGAUGUCGAGCAGAGCUUUUCAGAUCCCCAUGAGUGCCAGGACCAGCAGCACCUUGGAUUCCUACAGGCUGAACAGCUCCAGGUCCCCUGCAGGUGAUGCUGCUGCCUCACCCUUUGAGUCUUACACUCAACACCUCGAGAAGGACAUUGAUUCAAACCACAUAGCAAGGAACUCUUACCAGCAACCGGAGAAGGAUUAUGACAGUCUGCCCCUCAGGAACGGGGGUCCUGCUCUGAGCCCAAGGGGACCGGACAAGAAUCUGAGACCCCCCAGCCCGAACAAGACCAACAAGAAUGAGUUUCAGCUUGGUGAGGAGCCCUCAAGGCAGUGGUCUUCGGGUAAAAAUGCUCACCAGGGACUACCAUCGAACAGAACAAUGCACGAUGCGAAUGCGCGACUCUUGAGAACUAGUACGUCCUCGGACCACCCUGUGGCCGAGGAAUACAUCGAGUCGGUCAACGAGGCUGCCACCAAGAUACAGCGAUGGUACAAAGGAUGUGCGCAGGAGAGGCGGAAAGAGGGGGAGGACGAGAUCAAAAAAAUCUUGAGCCAGAAGCGGAAGGAACGAUCGGAUCUGGUCCACAGGGAACAGGACUCGGUGAGGACGAGGGAGCAGCAGGAGAGGGAUCGAAAGAGAACUAGGGAGGAGAAAUUACGGCAGGCCAGGCAAUCAGCUAUUCAGGAUCUGCAGAGAUCAAGAGAGGAUAAGAAACGAGAGAUCAAAGAGAAGGCAGAGGAGGAGCUGCGAUAUCUCAAAGCAAGCGGGAAAGUAGGCAAGAAACCAGCCGCGAAGAAAGGGGCCGUCAAGAAACAGUCAACAGGCUCGGGUCCAAGCCCUACAAAAAAGCUUCCAGAUGGGACUACACCUCAUCCAGUUGAACCUGAAUCAAGAAGACAACAGAGGCCGGGCACAGCUAGCAGUACAGGCAGAAAGGUGGAUGAGAUAUUUGAAAGUGAACCUUCAACUCAUCGGACCGGUGCUACGGACAAUGGUUACAAUGGCGAUACAGACAGUGAGAGACCCGAUGACACACCCAGUCAGGCACCCACCAAGACUACCCUAACAGACCUCCUAGACACACUCAAGCUACUAGAAGAACCUGUCAGGGUACCCAGCCCCACAGAGAAGAAGCAGAAAGGACCUGCAUGGUUGGAUAUAUUCGAUGAUGAUAAGGAAGAAGAGGAGGAGCAGGAGGAAGAUGAACCGCAACCACCAAGUAGCCGGUAUCUAUCGGCCAGUAGGACCGGUGGUGCAGGGGGUCAGUACCUCUCAGAGGAGAACCUCCAGGAGGUCACAAGGAGGAGUCUGGGAGGGGAGGUCAGCAAACCGGUCAAGCAACCCAAGACCAAGGCUGCACCCCCUGUUGGCAGCCAUGCCUUGCUCACAGAUGACAAGCUCAGGCACAUCAUGUCCUUUUUGGACGAGGUAGACCAAGCAGAGCACGAGACGGUCAGCGAGUUCUCCCAGGCUCUGGACGUGGACCAGGCACCCACCACCUCCAGGACCAUCCCUGCCGUUCCUCUGGUCCCCUCUGCCGAGGAGAUCCAGAGGCUGGAAGAGGCUUCAGCAGCGGCCUCGGAGGUCACCAGUACGGUCCUGUCUCAGAGGCUGCAGUUGGAGGAGAAGGAGAGGAGUGUCAAGAUGCUACAAAAGGGUCUAAAUCAGCAGCGUGAGCUGACAGUGCGACAUGCCAAGGAGCAGGACAAGGAGACCAAGAGGAGGCUCCAGCUCCAGAAGGAAGAAUAUGAAUCAACCAUCAAGAGACAUCUAUCAUUUAUUGAUCAGCUCAUUGAUGACAAGAAGGCGUUGAGUGAGAAAUACGACGGUGUUGUGACAGAGCUGAAACAAGUAGAUAAGAAAUACCAAGGAAGGAUAAAGAACAUGGAUGACAGUCACACCCGAGAGUUGAGCAAGAUCAAGGAUGUACAAGCAGCAGCGGAGAAACUGAGAAGAGAGAAAUGGAUCGAUGAGAAGACAAAGAAGAUAAAGGAAAUCACCGUAAAGGGACUAGAACCCGAGAUCCAACGCCUCAUUGCAAACCACAAGGCCGAGAUCAAGAAAGUGAAGACGAUUCACGAAGCUGAGAUGCUUCAGGCCGAGGAGAGGGCGGGUCAGAAGUAUGUCCGUCACAUCGAAGAGCUCAGGGACCAGCUGGCAGAUGAGAAGGAGGCUGCCUGUGCCAGGGAAAGGGAGAUGGCUAAACAAAGGUACGAGAAGCAGCUGGAGCAGGAGGAGGCCGCCUACCAACAGCAGAGGAGGAGGAUGUACUCUGAGGUCCAGGAGGAGAAGGAUCGCAUCAACGAGCAGGCCCGGAGGCAGAGGCAGGAGAUGGAUCGGCUCCAGCAGACGAUGGAGGGCAACAGCCACAAGGCCAUCAGCGCCAUGAAGGAGGAGUAUGAGAAGGCUAGGGAUGAACAGGAGAGGAGACACAGGGCUGAGGUGAAAGACUUAGAAGAGCGUCUAAGGAUAGAGAAGCAGGCAUGGGAAGAAAACUACAUGAAGAAGCAGGAAACAUGGCUGCUCUCCAAAGAGAGAGAACUGAAGGAGCAGGUGAGGAGAGAUCGAGACAAGGAGAUUGAGAUGGUGAUAACCAGGCUAGAAGAUGAUGCUCAAUCAUCAAGGGAUGAGCUAGAGAGGGCAGCAGAGAAUAGGAUCAAGCGAAUCCGAGACAAGUACGAGGGUGAGCUCCGAGAGGUGGAGACCUCAGAGAGAAAGACUCAAGAGAGAUUGAAUGAAGUCAAAGCUCAGCUGGCUGAGAUAGAAGGAGACAACCUGAGGAUCCAGGCACUCUUCAAACAGAGAGAUCAUGAGGUCGCUGAGGUCAAUAAGGUUUGUGAGCGGCUUACCAAGGAGCGGAAGAAUGUAGAGGAGGUGGUCAGGCAGGAGUUUGCUGAUCGGUUGGUUGCCGUGGACGACGAGAACAAGCGGGUCAAGAACGAGAUCUCUGAGAUGAGAGCCAGGCACAAGCUGGAGCUGACCCGCAUCCAGGAAAGCAAGGAGGAGGAGAUGGAGGAGGUCCACAAGAGGGUCAAGCAAGCAAUAGCCAAGAAAGAGGAUGUGGUCAAUCAGUUGAGGCAACAGCAUGCUGCAGCGGUCAAAAGAGCUGACCAUCUAGAAUCUCUCCUGGAACAACAAAGGAAACAACUGGUCAAGAAGAAAUGAGUCAAGCUGCUGCUGUACUGUAGCCUAUUGGUUUGUCUGUUUGACUUUUAUUGACAAGGUUGCAGGUUCUAAUGGUGGUACAGCAGUAGAUGAACUAGCUGGUCAAGAAGAAAUGGCUCAGUAUCUAAGCGUACUGUUGAACAGUGGUCUGGCCUCUGGACUUUCAAGGUUAUAUGUUCAAAUACUGGUUUAGCAACAUUAGAGGACGCACCUGAUGAAGUAGAAAUGAUACAAAGAGCAUUCAGUUUAGUGGACAGUGGUUAGCCCAUUUGACUUCCAACGACCAGGGUGUAGCUUCAAAUCCAAGUUGAGGCAGUUUAGGCAGCAGUGGUCAAGAGACCAUCUAGAAUAUCUCCUAGAACAACAGAGGAAACAACAGGUCAGGAAGAAAUAAUGCAAAGAGCAUUGGGUACAGUAGAACAGUGGUUGGUACUCUUGACCUUCAGUGACAAAGUUGCAGGUUCGGUUUGUGCUCUUGGCAAAAUGAUUCAUCUUCAGUUUAUUAGCUUUGUUACCCCGGAAUCGUUGAUGGAAAGGAAGAAAUUUCUUGUAUCUGUCAGCAUAUUAUGACAUAGCUAAUAUCAACUAAAGCUGAGGCAUUUGUAAUAAUAAGGUAUGAAAAUCACAAGCAUUGUGGAUUUCAUGUAAUAUUUGUAACAUUGAUAAUGUACUGAUCUUAUGAAACCUUUAGCAGUUUGUGGAUAAGACUAAGCUUAUGUAUUUAUAUGCUUGUCAAUACAACCUUUAAAACUUGUCCAACCGAGUGACAGCUGAUGUAUGCAAUAUUCAUUGUAACUAUUAAAAAGCAGAGUUCGACAUUUAGGAGAGUGAAAACAGCUUUAGGGCUAUGUUGCUGUUAUUUUUAAUUAAAAAAUGCUUGAUGUUGUGUUAAGUCACCUUGAUUUUAAAAGGAGGUUAAAGGUCAUAGACCGAAUUAGAGUUGCUUACCCAUUUUCCUAUAUUUUUUUCUUCCUCCUCCCCCAAUCACUCUCGCUCUCUCUCUCUCUCUCUCUGUCUGCCUCUCUGUCUCUGUCUCUGUCUCUUUCUUGUCUUACGUAAACCCUCAGUAUUAUUAUACACUCACAUUUUGUCGUUAAAAACUAUGUAGCAACAGUGGCCAUUGCCUUAAGGGAAUUCGUACUUAAAACCGUCCAUUAACAUUUCAUCACCUUGAAUCAACUCCUCCGUUAUUGGAUUAUUUUGUCAUAUAUCCUUACUAAUUUGAGCAUUUUUACUUCAAUCUACUCGUGUAAAUUGGACUAUAAAUGUAUAUUUAUGUGCUGUUUUGUACCUCAGUAAUUCAUAUACAUGUACCUUAACAAAUUUUAUCACCUGAUAAUUUUGAUUGAUAGUUGAAUUUCAAAUGAAUCUGUAUUCAUACACUUACCUUUUGUAAUCGCUGUUCAAAGAUUGAAUUCAACAUUUGCUGUCCACCUUACAGAGCACUAUACCGGUACUUAGUGUGCUUACUUAUACCAAAAGAUUCAUACACUGUCCUCUGAUGUAUUCAUGGUAAUAUUUGCACAAUUUAAAUUAUUGUGUGUUUAAUAUUUCUGUAUCUGUUAAAAGACCUAUGGAAAGAACGAUUGUUUAAUUAAUUGAUUUUCACAAAUAUGUUUUCUUUACUUAGCCAUGUGGUUGUUUCCUCUAACAGUUUGAUUCUAUGCUCAGGUAAUACCUCAAUUCAAAGGCCCUUUGGCUAAAAAAGAGUCUUGGAAUCAAGAUUAUCCUUUGUAGAGAUGUUACUCAUCUAUUUUAGCGAUAGAAAGUACAGUAAAUUGCAGGAAGUAAUUUCUGCCCAGGUAAUGUGUUUUAAGUGUGCCUGUGUGUGUGCUAUUUCUACUAUGUCCCUACAGUAGGCAUUCUACUUCAUUUCAUGUACAUGUAUAACAAAUCUCAGCCAGUAUGUAUGUUGACUGCAAUUGUACUUUAAAAUUCAUUACUUAUUGAAAACCUUGAACAUUUAUUGUAAAUAUCUGUAUAUUUUAAUGGAUUAUUGCCAUUCAUUUGUAUUCAUAGUAUAAGAAGUGAAAUUCUAUACAUUUUUGAUAGUCUGUAUAUAUUAGUGGUAAUAGUUGUAUGACAGUGUAAGAUAUUUAGAUAGCUAAUAAUUAUAAAUAACUACAAGAAUUCA